AUGUACUUCUUCCUGGGAAAUCUCUCCAGCCUAGACAUCUUCUACUCCACAGUCACUGUGACCAAGAUGUUGGCCGGUUUCCUCUCAGGGCACCAGACCAUCUCCUUCACCAGCUGCCUGGCACAGCUCCAUUUCUUCCAUUUCCUGGGCAGCAGUGAGGCCAUGCUGCUGGCUGUCAUGGCCUACGACCGCUACAUGGCCAUCUGCAACCCACUGCGCUACACACUGGUCAUGAGCCCACAGGCUUGCCUGCUGCUGGCAGGAGUCACCUGGGCCAUUGGCUUCCUGCACGCCCUGAUGCACACGGUCAUGACCUCCUGGUUGCACUCCUGUGGCCCCAACAGUAUCCACCACUUCUUCUGUGACAUCAAGCCCCUGCUGAGCCUGGCCUGCAGCAGCACCCGCCUCAACCUGAGCCUCCUCCACACCGUCACUGGGAUUAUUGGUGUGAGUCCAUUCAUCCUCACGCUCCUCUCCUACCUCUACAUCAUCUCCUUCCUCUUCCUGAAGGUCCGGUCACGGGAAAGCAGGAGGAAGGCCUUCUCCACUUGCACCUCGCACCUCACCAUGAUAGCACUGUACUAUGGGACAGCGAUCUUCGCCUACUUGAGUCCUUCUUCAUGA